CCCUGGCAGCCAGCAUCACAUUUCUUGAGCGUCUCAUUUGCGGAGGGAUUCUCUCUGUGAUGUCUUUCAAAGUUUACCUGCGCAAACCGCCCGUCACCUCUUCCAAAGCCCCAUCCUUCCUGCUGACGACUCACGGUCAGCUGAAACUGUCAAUCAUCCAGGAACAGGAAGUUGUUGCUGUAAGCGUUUUGGAGGCACGGGAUAUGUUGCACGAGCACCGGGGGUCAUGUGACUCCUAUGUAGAGGUGGGCAUGUUUCCAGACAGCGAACCCAGAGAGCGACAGAAGACGGCAACGGUCCUUCAGUGUAAAAAUCCUGUCUUUCUACACACCUUUUACUUUGUGAUACGUGACAAGGACCUUCACAAGCGACUGCUCUUCACAGUGUGGAACUCUAAUUGCGCCUCCAGGAGGAGUGCACUGCUGGGGUGCAUGAGCUUCGGCGUCCGCUCCCUGACGCAACCGCACAAGGAGGUCCGCGGAUGGUACUACCUGCUUAAGGAAGAAGUGGGCAUGAGGAAGCAUCUCAGAGUACCUGCGCAACAAAAGUCACAUAACGGCGAGGCCGUGCUCUCGAACCAUGGUGCUGCCCCUGAGACACAGCGGCCUGAGAAUAUGCAAUGCUUAACGGUGACCAUCUUUCGAGGAAAGGAUGGAUACGGAUUCACCAUCUGCUCGGAUUCGCCUGUGAGGGUGCAGGCUGUCGAUCCAGGGGGCCCCGCGGACCAGGCGGGUCUCCAGCAGCUGGAUACUCUCCUGCAGCUCAACGGUCAGCCCGUGGAGCAGUGGAAAUGUGCCGAUUUGGCUCAUGCCAUCAGAAACAGCGCAAAUGAGAUCACGGUUGUGGUGUGGCGCAGCGGCCCCUCGGCCAAGCCCAACUUCGAGGGUCUCAUCCACCGACCGUCCUACAUGCAGUCCACCUCCAACUACGAGACGCCCUCGCCGCCCGCCCGCCGGCACGCCCCGGACUCCGGAGCCGGUCGAACCCCGCCGGCCGUUCCGCCGCUCCCGGCUCACCACCGCACAGCCGCCGCCCGCAGGCUACUGGUCAACGGCUCGGAUGGCGUCGCAGGUGGCGGCGGGGGCUCGGGGGUGGGCACCAUGCAGUGGGGCGCCCGGGGCGGCUCGGCCGAGGAGCUGGACGGCAAGCCGCGGCACCUCCAGCACCCUCCCACCGCCACGCUGAAGGGAACCAGGGUGAAGGCGUCCAACGGGGACAACUACAUCAUCCUGGCCCCCUACAACCCCGGAAGCCAGAUCUUGAGGCCGGUUUAUCAGGACAAUCAGGGAACCUUAGUCAGCAGGUUGUACAACACGCGGCAGGCCUCUGGAGCUCAAAGUCAGGCCGCGGGUACCGUCGGUGGCGUCGGAACCCUUUCGUCGGGUUCAAGCGGAGUCGGUCCUUUCUCCAGCCGCUCCGGCUUCCUGCGCCGCUCCAACAACGGCAAGACGUCAAAAACCACCUCGGCCGGGACCGGCGUGCCCAACCUCCCGCAGCAGAGUGCCAACUUUGCCAACUACCAAAACUGCACCAUUGUUCGCUCUCACGUCCCUCACGGGAACUAUGGCUACGUUUCUGCGGCGCCCAAAAUCCUUAUCUUCCCUAUCUUUGUUCAGCCUUUGGACCUGUGCAGUCGAGCUCUCAUCAUAACGGAGGAGAUGAUUUUGCAUGAGAGCAAGCAUCACUCCCUCAAAGUGACCGUGUUUGUCUACACAGACUUAAUGUUGGUCACGAGAGAGGACGAGCCCGGCAAAUGUAACGUCCUCCAGAGUCCUUUGUACCUGCGACACCUGCGACUACAGGAUGAUUAUGCUGAAGAACUCCGAUUCUAUCUUAUUCACAUGACCGAGAAGUGCGACUGCCUGCUCAGCCUGGAAGCGUACUCGUCCGAGCAGAAGCGCCGCGUGUGCCAGUGCCUCAAGGACAACAUCGACAAGCAGCUCCAGCUUCAGAGGAGGGAGCCCGCUGUUCAACAUUUUGACCAGAUGUUGGAACCAAAGGUGGACGCCCCCUCCUGCGAGCUGGGCGGAGUCGGCGGGGAUCGAGGGGAAGUGCGCCUCCACCUGCCCCCUCACACUUCCGAAGGGGAGGAGAGCAGCCUGUAUCCCUCCAGCCCCUCCGAACCCUUGACCCUGAGCAGCCCCCACCCCUCAGAGCCGUUCAGCCCACUGAAUGAAAUCUACCUGCCGCUCGGCAGCCUGGGCGGGUCCGAGGAGCGCCACAGGGUGCCCCCCACGCCUCCGCCUUCCACCGAGGGCGAGGACUGGAAGAGCGUGGACGGACAUGAGCUGGAGAUCUGGAGAGAGGGCGACAGGAGAGAGGAUGAGGAAGAGGAGGGCGCGAGCGGGAAGAGCGAGUCGGAGGAGUUGGCGGAGCGACGGGAAGAGGAAGUUCACCUCCACCUGCUGGUGUCAAACGCGGACGACGACAACGCUUCCGAGCCGCCUGACACAAACGCCCCUCCUUCGUCCUCCUCGUCCUCAUUCGUCAUCCCCGAGCUGCGCCUGGACCGCUCUUUCAGCGCAGACGCCCUCUCCUCGCCCAACACCGACGAAGAAGAAUACGACGAGGAAGAGGAGGAGGAGGAAGACGAAGACGAUGACGACGACGAUGACGAUUCCGAAGAGGACGACAGCGACGACGCCUACCUGCAGCGCAGCGACAGCAAGCGGCGCUCCAUGGUGGAGGGCGCCACCUGCGAGAAGCACGGCGGCGGGGGCCUCAGCGUGCAGAACUCGCUGCGCCGACGCACCCACAGCGAGGGCAGCCUGCUGCAGGACCCCCGCGCACCUUGCUUCACCUCUGACAACGCCAUCAACUGCUUGGAGACGUCCGGCGGGCGUCACAAGGGCGGCUGGACGCUACCCUCGCCCAAGACCCUGAAGAAGGAGUUGACCAAGAACGGAGGCUCCAUGCAUCAGCUGUGCAUGCUCUUCUCCGGGAGGAAGCUCAGCUCCGGAUCCUCCUGCAGCUGUGAGGUCGGCCCCGACGGCACCAAGAAGAAAAAGUCCAAGAACCUGGCCAAAGAUAUGAAGAACCGCUUGGCUUUCCUACGGCGGAGGAACGAAUCUCCGGGAAGCAACCCAGCCGGAAAGUUGGACAAAACCAUGAAGUCAGUCAAGCCCACCCCGGAGGAUGCGCUCAAAUGGGGGGACUCGCUCGACAAGCUGCUGGCGCACAAAUAUGGUCUGGCAGCCUUCAGAGCGUUCUUGCGCACUGAGUUCAGCGAGGAGAAUCUGGAAUUUUGGCUGGCCUGCGAGGAAUACAAGAAGAUGAAAUCGCAAUCUAAGAUGGCCUCCAAAGCGAAGAAGAUCUUUGCGGAAUACAUCGCCAUCCAGUCUUGCAAAGAGGUGAACCUGGACUCGUACACGCGGGAUCACACGAAGGACAACUUGCAGAAUGUGACGCGUUCCUGCUUUGAGCUGGCGCAAAGGCGGAUAUACGGGCUGAUGGAGAAAGACUCAUACCCCCGUUUCUUGCGCUCGGAACUCUAUUUGGACUUGAUCAACCAAAAAAAGGCCAGCGCCACUUCGACUUCCUCUUCGUCAUAAGAGGCAAAACUAUUCUCCCUAGAGGAGAAAAAGAGCGUGUAUGGGAUGCCAAGUUUUUUCUGUCUUGCCCCCCUUUUUUUUUUUUCUUUUUAAGUCUUUCGUCCUGUUUGCGCUAAACGUCUUGUUUGUUUUUGGGUGGUCGCAGGAAAGCUACAGGCACUGCAAAGGAAUGUGCUUUACUCCUCAAGUGGAUGGACCGUUUGCUAAAAACAUGACGAGGAAAAAGGCUCGAAAUGUGGGGGGAUGACGUGGGGGUUUUGGAAAAAAACCCAAACAAACCUGCAGACAUGAAGACAGUCCGGUACUGUUUGUCACUUUUUAUUUUCGUGUCUCUUCAUCCACUUGUUUCCUCGACAACGUCCACGGCGAAACCACAUGCGAACUGUUGGUACGACCAAACGCCCCCUUCCCCCGUCUUCGUUUCCAUCUCGAAGAGAACCGUCGCUUUGUUUCAGCCUCGUCGAGCACCCGUCUCAAUGACUGAAACAAACGGGAACAAAGAACGCGCACGGAUGGACUUAUUUAAGACUUGAAAAGUCGUACUGACAGGCAAGAACAAAAGGACUCGAGAACCAGAGGAGAAGCCAAAUGCCGUUUUUCCUUCAACCGCACACGUAGCUGAUAAACAAAGGCCGCAUCUCUCAGGACAUGGCUUCAAUUUCCUUGAUCGCCGUUUUUGGUUUUCCGGGCUUCACCACUUGCACUCCCGUACUUAUACUGAGCAAUAUGCAAAAAGUAUCUUGGAAAACUUCACUUUGCCUAUUUAUUUAGAGUACCACGGUAACUGGCUGGACAUCUACAAAAGCUCUCGGCUCAAAGCUUUCCUCUUAACCACCAGACAGGUCCGAUGCUGUCCUGAAUUUAAGUGCAAUAUUUUUUUUCAUGUUUUAUUAUUAUUAAUAUUAUUAUUAUUAUUAUUGUUCAUUUAUUUGGAUUUUUUUGGGGGGGGGGUGACAAGCGGCUUUAGCUCUCGAUGAACUUUAUAUGUUAGGAGAGGAAAAUUAGAGCUCUAAGUUUGACUUAACAGUGGAAAAACUCUCAACAAGCCUAUAAGUUGUUUCAAGGAUCGAAAGCAAGUCAUGAUUUAAACUGUGUGUUUGCCCCCCGGCAGCGGGCCGCCGGGAACUUUAUGGUUGUACAUAUAAUUCUUUAAGAAAACGAUGUGAUAAAAGAUGCAAAAAAAACAACAAA